UCCAGAAGACGAGGCCAGGUACUGGGCCAAGAAGCUUGAGCAACUCAAUGCUAUGAGAGACCAAGAUUGUGCCUACCAAGAAGAACAGGAGAAGCCGCUCCAUGCGCCGUCCACACAGUGCUGUAAUUGGAGUCUGUGGGGAGAUCAGCAGAACGAGGACCCGGACAGCGCUGUGGACGACAGGGACAGCGACUACCGCAGCGAGACCAGCAAUAGCAUGCCCCCGCCCUUUUACACAACAUCUCAGCCUAAUGCCUCCAUGCAUCAGUAUCCCAUCAGGCAACAGCACUACAACCACUCAUACAAUGACGACAUGGACUAUGACCACAGAGACAUGAGACACAAUGAUAGUUUAGACUCGGCCACCAACGGGCGCAGCGAUAUCGACUCAGGCUCUGGGUCGAGCCGGCGCACCAGUCGCCAAUAUUCUCUAGACAGUAGGCAUUCGCUGUCCGAUAGCCCCACAGACAGUCGCUACGCCUCGUCGGGCGAGCUGAGCCGAGGCAGCUCCCAGCUGAGCGAGGAGUUUGCCCCCGAGGACGGCGAGAGCUUGCGAGGCUCCGAGUUCUACGACGAGAAUGACUCGUACCACUCCUGCCACUCCUCCAUCAGCUACGGCAAGGAGGACUUCCCGGGCUGGGACGGGGAGGACCCGCAGGGGGUGUACAGCGACGAGGGAAGCUACGUCAAAGAUGGAGGCGAAGACCGGGCGAUCUUUGACGAGGAGGGUGAGACGUAUGAGGAGGAAGGGGAGUACAACUACGAAGACGAGGAGGAGAUGCCGUACGAGGGGGACGAGGAUAUGUACCCGGUUGAAGGUGCCGUCCGCGAGGAGCAGGAGCCACCUUACACCCCAGUUAGCACGGCUACCACCAUCCUACCCCCAUCUGAUAGUGUGUCCUCCAGCAGGCCGCCCCUGGAAAAACAAACGUCGUUGCAUCAGCAGCAACUUCCUCCCGAACCCUCCCAACCCUCAAGAACCACUCCGCCCCUCCGACAAGAUGACACCUUGCCCCCUUUCACCUCAGACUCAGCUCUUUUUGCACCCACCCAGCAAGACUUAUUCACCACCACUGCUAGCAUCAACGGCACGUCCACCACCACCAGCACCACCACGAUAUCACAGAUUCCAGGACCUGAUGUCAAGUUCCAAAAGCCUGAGCCAAAGUCCGAGCUGCCCCUGGAGGCACCUGCACCGGUGGAGCAAUUUACAGCUGAGGAGAGCGUCCCACCGGCUGCUGAGGAGAAAGCAGAGGAGCCCCGUGUCCCCAGUUUCCCAAAGAGGGAACUUAUGGAACCUGGUCCUGCGAGAGCCAAAGCCAACUGGCUCCGGUUGUUCAGCAGAGUGCGGCUACAGUUGCAAGAGGCCCGAGGAGAGAGCGUCGGCAUCGCCUCUCUGCUAUUAUCAGCGGGGAUGGGGGGUGCUCUUUACAGCAUCGACAGCAUGCCAGACCUCAGGAAGAGGAAAGCGAUGCCUCUGGUCAGAGAUCUGUCAUUGGUCCAGAGCUCCAGGAAGGCCGGCAUUACCUCAGCCCUAACGUCCAGCACACUGCACAACGAAGAACUGAAGAGUCAUGUCUACAAGAAGACCCUCCAGGCUCUCAUCUAUCCCAUCUCCUGCACGACUCCGCACAAUUUCGAGGUUUGGACGGCCACCACCCCUACCUACUGCUACGAGUGCGAGGGUCUGCUGUGGGGCAUCGCUCGGCAGGGCAUGCGCUGCACAGAGUGCGGGGUCAAAUGCCACGAGAAAUGCCAGGAUCUGCUCAAUGCUGACUGUCUGCAAAGGGCCGCGGAGAAGAGCUCCAAACAUGGCGCGGAGGACCGAACUCAGAACAUCAUCAUGGUCCUCAAAGACCGCAUGAAAAUCCGCGAGAGGAACAAACCGGAGAUCUUUGAGCUCAUUCAGGAGGUCUUCUCUGUCCCCAAGCCAACCCACGGCACGCAGAUGAAGCAGAUCAAACAGAGCGUGCUCGACGGCACAUCCAAGUGGUCGGCCAAGAUUAGCAUCACAGUGUUGUGCGCCCAAGGUUUACAAGCCAAGGAUAAAACUGGUUCUAGUGAUCCCUAUGUCACCGUCCAGGUUGGAAAGACCAAAAAGAGGACCAAAACCAUCUAUGGCAACCUCAACCCUGUCUGGGAGGAGACUUUCAAUUUCGAAUGCCACAAUUCUUCUGACCGCAUCAAGGUGCGCGUGUGGGACGAGGACGACGACAUUAAGUCCAGAGUGAAGCAGAAGUUCAAGCGCGAGUCUGACGACUUCCUGGGGCAAACCAUCAUCGAGGUCCGCACGCUGAGUGGGGAGAUGGACGUGUGGUACAACUUGGACAAGCGCACUGACAAAUCAGCUGUGUCGGGGGCCAUUAGGAUGCACAUCAAUGUAGAGAUCAAGGGCGAGGAGACGGUCGCUCCAUACCACGUUCAAUACACCUGUUUGCAUGAGAACCUUUUCCACUUUGUGACAGACAUCCAGAACACCGGCGUGGUGAAGAUCCCCGAUGCUAAAGGAGACGAUGCGUGGAAAGUAUACUAUGAAGAGACGCCUCAGGAGAUAGUUGACGAGUUUGCGAUGCGUUACGGUGUGGAGUCCAUCUACCAAGCCAUGACUCAUUUUGCCUGCUUGUCGUCUAAGUACAUGUGCCCGGGAGUGCCUGCUGUCAUGAGCACCCUGCUCGCCAACAUCAACGCCUACUACGCUCACACCACCCAGGCUACUAACAACGUCUCUGCCUCAGACCGCUUUGCCGCAUCCAACUUUGGGAAAGAGCGAUUUGUCAAGCUCCUUGAUCAGCUGCACAACUCCCUGCGGAUCGACCUCUCCAUGUACCGAAACAACUUCCCAGCCAGCAGCCCUGAGAGGCUGCAGGACCUCAAGUCUACAGUGGACCUCCUCACCAGUAUCACCUUCUUCAGGAUGAAGGUCCAGGAGCUCCAAUCUCCGCCCAGAGCGAGCCAGGUGGUGAAGGAUUGCGUAAAAGCCUGUCUCAACUCCACUUACGAGUACAUCUUUAACAACUGUCAUGAGCUCUACAGCCGCGAGUAUCAGACAGACCCAGCUAAGCAGGGUGCAGUUCCUCCAGAGGAGCAGGGACCCAGCAUCAAGAACCUGGACUUCUGGUCCAAACUCAUCACCCUUAUUGUCUCCAUCAUUGAGGAAGACAAGAACUCCUAUACACCCUGUCUGAACCAAUUCCCCCAGGAACUCAACGUGGGUAAAAUCAGUGCUGAAGUGAUGUGGAAUCUGUUUGCACAGGACAUGAAAUAUGCUAUGGAAGAGCAUGAGAAAAACCGCUUGUGCAAAAGUGCCGAUUACAUGAACCUGCACUUUAAGGUCAAGUGGCUUUACAACGAGUACUGCAAAGACCUGCCUUUCUUCAAGAGCCGAGUGCCUGAAUAUCCGGCGUGGUUUGAGCCUUUCGUGAUUCAGUGGCUGGAUGAAAACGAGGAAGUAUCUCGGGACUUCCUGCACGGUGCUUUGGAGAGAGACAAGAAAGACGGGUUCCAGGUCACGUCCGAGCAUGCCUUGUUCUCCUGUUCUGUGGUGGACGUGUUUUCCCAGCUCAAUCAGAGCUUUGAGAUAAUCCGGAAACUCGAGUGUCCGGACCCGCAGAUCGUAGGGCACUAUAUGAAACGGUUUGCAAAGACCAUCAGCAAUGUGCUUCUCGCAUAUGCUGACAUCAUCUCCAAAUUGUUUGCCAACUACGUCACAAUGGAGAAAGUGCCCUGCAUCCUUAUUAACAACAUCCAACAGUUGAGGGUUCAGCUGGAGAAGAUGUUUGAGGCAAUGGGGGGGAAAGAUUUGUGUGUGGAGGCCAGCGACAUACUAAAAGACUUGCAGGUUAAACUCAACAACGUCAUGGAUGACCUCAGCAGAAUCUUUUCUGUCAGUUUCCAACCUCACAUUGAGGAGAACGUGAAGCAAAUGGGAGACAUCUUAGCUCAGGUAAAAGGAACGUCAAAUGUCGGGAAUGCCAGUAGCGUGGCACAGGAUGCUGACAACGUCCUGCAACCCAUCAUGGAGUUCCUGGACAGCAACCUGACUCUGUUUGCAAAGAUCUGUGAGAAAACGGUGCUGAAGCGUGUGUUGAAGGAGUUGUGGAAGCUGGUGAUGAACACCAUGGAGAAGACCAUCGUUCUGCCGCCACUUACAGACCAAACGGGCACUCAGCUCAUCUUCAAUGCUGCCAAAGAGCUGGGUCAGCUGUCCAAACUGAAGGAGCACAUGGUUCGGGAGGAGGCAAAGGCGCUCACGCCCAAGCAAUGUGCCGUCAUAGAACUGGCCCUGGACACCAUCAAGCAAUAUUUCCAUGCCGGGGGUGUUGGUCUGAAGAAGACUUUCUUGGAGAAGAGUCCUGAUCUGCUGUCCCUGCACUACGCCCUGUCCCUCUACACGCAGGCCACAGACAAACUUAUUAGGACCUUUGUCCAGUCCCAGAACGCACAAGGAUCUGGGGUGGACGAUGCUGUGGGAGAGGUGUCCAUCCACGUGGAAAUCUUCACUCACCCCAACACUGGCGAGCACAAGGUCACUGUGAAAGUGGUGGCCGCCAACGACCUGAGGUGGCAGACGCAGGGAAUAUUUCGACCUUUUGUGGAGGUUUUCAUUAUCGGCCCGCACCUGAGUGACAAGAAGAGAAAGUACGCCACCAAGUCCAAGAACAACAGCUGGGCGCCGAAAUACAACGAAACUUUCACUUUCACACUGAGCAGCGAGGUGGGCCCCGAGUGCUACGAGCUGCAGGUGUGCGUCAAGGACUACUGCUUCGCCCGCGAGGACCGCACGGUGGGCAUGGCGGUGCUGCAGCUGAAGGACGUGGCGUCCAAGGGCAGCGUGGCCUGCUGGCUGCCGCUGGGCAAGCGCAUCCACAUGGACGAGACGGGCCUGACCGUGCUGCGCAUCCUGUCGCAGCGCAACAACGACGACGUGGCCAAGGAGUUUGUCAAGCUCAAGUCGGACCAGCGCUCCGCCGAGGAGGGUCGCAGCUAAGCGGCUUUCUGAUGGGACCGCGACCACCUGGCAUUCCAGUGCUGUAAAUACAUUCAUUCCAGGAGGAGCACGUGAGUUCAUCACCACGGAAUAACAACGUUGGGUCGUCGUCACUCGUGCCGUUACACGCGUCCUAUUCGGCUGCACAGGGUGUCCAAUACUGAAACUUGUAGCCAUUUUCUCUCCCCUUCCCUUCUUUCUGAGGAAGCGCCUUCAGGUAGUGGAACAGAGCACACUGCCUGACACCCACAUUGCCUUCUGUCUCCUUCACCCUCGUCGUUGUGAUGACAAACAGACUGUGUGUGUGCGUGUGUGUGUGUGUUUUCUUCUUCAUGACAAAGUAUUACGGCCCUACUGAGAAGAACAACUAGUACAAUUGUGAACCAAGAAUAAAGUAAUGUUACGUGAGGUCUUAAUGUUGCACAAAAAAAAAUAGUCCUCUUUCAAGAAGAAAGUCUAAGUCUCAUUAGAAUAAAGUUGUAACAUGAUGCAACGUUAAAAUGCUACGCAAAAGAUUUGGACCUGGAAAAAAGUUUCUCAUAAGGAAAAUUACAGGGGGAAAAAAGGAAUUGAACAUAAAUUUUCUGAAACUCUCGUGGAAAAGAAUCUUAAUGUUUAAAGGCCUACUGAAAUGAGAUUUUGUUAUUUAAACGAGGAUAUUAGGUCCAUUUUAUGUGUCAUACUUGAUCAUUUCGCGAUAUUGCCAUAUUUUUGCUGAAAGGAUUUAGUAGAGAACAUCGACGUAUAAGUUUGCAACUUUUGGCCGCUAAUAGAAAAGCCCUGCCUUUACCGGAAGUAGCAGACGAUGUGCGCGUGACGUCACGGAUUGGAGGGCUCCUCACAUCCUCACAUUGUUUAUAAUGGGAGCCACCAGCAGUAAGAGCUAUUCGGACCGAGAAAGCGAUAAUUUCCCCAUUAAUUUGAGCGAGGAUGAAAGAUUUAUGAAUUACGAUAUUGAUAGUGAAGGACUAGGAAGAAGAAGAAAAAAAGCGACGGCUCCGGGCGGCGGCAGUGUGAGCAUUUCAGAUGUAAUUAGACACAUUUACUAGGAUAAUUCUGGAAGAUCCCCUAUCUGAUUAUUGUUUUAAUAGUAUUUUAGUGAGAUUCUAAAGACAUACCUCGAGGUCGGAUGGCUGCGGUGAACACCAGUGUCUCAGAGAGAAGCCGAGGAGCCAAGCUCACAGCUGCCUUUUUUGACAGCUACAGGAGGAAGUCCCAUAAUCCACUGAUUUCUCCGGUAAGACUUAAUAUCACAAUUUCCCCAUCCAAAAACAUGCUGGUUGACGCAGAGAAAAGAUGUUCGCUUGACCGCUCUGCUUCACAACAAACAAAGAAACACCGGCUGUGUCUCGGUGCUAAAGACAGCUGCAAUCCACCGCUUUCCGCCAACAGCAUUGUUCUUUAUUAGUCUCCAUUAUUAAAUGAACAAAUUGCAAAAGAUUCAGCAACAUAGAUGUCCAAAUUAAUGUGUAAUUACGCCUUGAACAGAGACGACUUUUAGCCGUGUUUGGUGCAGCGCUAAUAUGUCCCCUCCAACACGUGACGUCACGCGUACGCGUCGACAUUCCGCGAUGUUUUCAACAAGAAACUCGCGGGAAAUUUAAAAUUGCAAUUUAGUAAACUAAAAAGGCCGUAUUGGCAUGUGUUGCAAUGUUAAUAUUUCAUCAUUGAUAUAUAAACUAUCAGACUGAGUGGUCGGUAGUAGUGGGUUUCAGUAGGCCUUUAAUGAAACGUAACUGUCGUAAAGUUAUGAGAAUAAAUUAUAUAAUUAUUUUUUAGAAUACAUUUGUAAUGUUACGCAAAAAAAGUUGUAACUUGUUGAGAAUAAAGUCGUAUUGUUGUGCGAACAACGUAACGUUAUAAGAAUAAACUCAGUCCCACACAAAAAAGUUGUAAUUUGUUAAGAAUAAUGUUAAGCAAAAAAAGUAACCUUUUGAGAAUAAAGUUGCAAUGUUAUGCGAAAAAGGUUGUAACUUUUGGCAAUAAAGUCGUAACAUUAUCCAGAAAAAAAAGUUGUGACUUGUUGAGAAAAAAGUCGUAACUUUAUGAGAAGAAAGUUCUAACUUUUUGAGAAUAAUCACAAUGUUAAGCAAAAAAUGUAACUUGUUGAGAAUAAAGUUGUAACAUUAUGCUAAAAAGUUGCAACUUUUUGAGAUUAAAGUCGUAGCGAUAUGCAAACAAAGUUGUAACUUAUUAAGAAUAAAGUAGUACUGUUAAGCGAAAAAGGUUGUAACAUGCAAAAAAAAAGUUGUAACUUUUUGAAGAUGAAGUUGUAUUGUUAUGCGAAAAAAGUUGUAACUUUUGGGAAUAAAGUUGUAACAUUAUACAGAAAAAAAAAGUUGUAACUAAG